AUGUCUGGGGGUAAGUAUGCUCUUGUCACUGGGUGCGGGAAGGGUGGAAUUGGCGAAGCUCUGGUCAAUGAGUAUACCCGCCGAGGUGUCCAUGCCAUCGCGACCGUGCUUCCACAGGAGUCGAGCGAACACCUGUCCGAUGCUGGGAUUACCGUCUUCACCCUGGACGUCACAGACGAAAACUCGGUGGAGGACCUGAAGAGAAGCGUGCAGAAACUGACCGGCGGGCGUCUUGAUGUUCUCAUAAACUGCGCUGGUAUUGCAUACACCAUGACCGCCAUUGACACGGACGUCGCUGCAGUGAAGCGCAUGUUCGACGUCAAUGUAUUCGGCCCCAUGCGCAUGGUGCAUCACUUUCAUGACUUGAUUAUCAAAGCCGCCGGAACUAUAGUGAACAUCGGUUCCAUCGGUGGAAUUAUUCCCUAUCUUUAUGGAUCAUCGUAUAACGCAACCAAGGCGGCACUUCAGCAUUGGUCUAGCACUUUGCGUGUGGAAAUGGCCCCUUUCAAUGUCAAAGUCAUCACCAUAAUUUCAGGAGAAGUCAGUACCAACAUUCUGAAGAACGAUGCACAUAGGCGCCUCCCAGAAGGUUCCUAUUAUUCUCCACUGGCAGAGAAUUUCCAGAACCAUGUUACAAGAACUCCAGAGGGUGCUACGGACCGUUUUAAGUACGCAACCAACGUCGUCGCGCAAAGCUUGAAGGCGUCUCCGCCAGCAUGGUUCUGGUACGGUAGCUUUACCGGCAUGAUUCGUUUCCUGGAUACGUUUGGCUGGCGCACCGUUUGGGAUUCUAUGCUAUGGAAGAUGUUCGAUUUGGAAAAGCUAAAGAAAGCUCAUGCACUUCGUAUCAGGAAAGAGAGCUCACUUACAAAUGAGUAA